AUGGAGGACGGAGCCAAGUUGCACCUGAAGGAGUGGCUGGUGGCUCAGAUAGAGAGCGGCAGGUUCGAGGGCCUGAGCUGGGAGGAUGAGGACAGGACCAUGUUCAGGAUCCCCUGGAAACACGCAGCCAAGAAGGACUACAAGCAGACCGAGGAUGCGGCUCUCUUCAAGGCCUGGGCUGUGUACAAGGGUAAAUACAGAGAGGGCAGGGAUAAGGCGGACCCCACCAUGUGGAAGACUCGACUUCGCUGCGCUCUCAACAAGAGCUCAGAUUUCCAGGAGGUCCCUGAACGCAACCAGCUGGACAUCACUGAGCCGUACAAGGUCUACCAGAUCCAGCCUGACACUUCAUCAGCCAAACCAGCAGUGUGUCCUCAGACCAACUAUCAAGUGCUCAAACAGGUGAAACAGUCUCCCAGGAGUCCCGCUUACCUGGACAACCAGCCUCAUUUCCACAAAGAAUCGUUUGAAUACAAAGAAGAAAAAUCGUGUUCUGACCCACUGAGGGAGCACAAGUACUACGAGACGACAGAGAAAACUAUUCAAAAUCCAGCUCCUUCUCCCAUGAACUUCUUAAGUCCCAUACUCAAUAUAUCAGACUUUCGUAUGCAGGUGAGGUUACAGUAUCAAGGCAACACAGUGACAAAAGUGACCACCUGGAGCCCAGAUGGGUGCUUCAUUCUUCAGGGUCGUGUUCCUUUGGGGAAUGAACGGAUCUACGGGCCCUGCUCUGCCCAGCAGCUCUCUUUCCCUUCUCCAGCCUCCGUUUCUCUGCCCUCUGGCAUGGCUGAAGCAAUGAAUCGUCUGCUCAGUCACCUUGAAAGGGGCGUGCUAUUAUGGGUGGCGCCAGAUGGGGUGUUUAUUAAGCGGUUCUGCCAGGGCAGGGUGUACUGGAGCGGUCCCAUGGCCCAACAUUCUGACCAACCAAACAAACUGGAGCGGGAAAAGACUUUCAAACUCCUGGAUAUACCCAUGUUUCUUAACGCUCUGCAGAAGCACGUGCAAGGGAGGGGGUCCACACCCUCCUACGAGAUUGAGCUCUGUUUCGGAGAAGAGUAUCCAGAUCCAAAUGUACCUAAAACCAGGAAGCUCAUCAUGGCACAGGUGGUUCCCUUGUUUGCAGUGGAGCUGUUACAAAGAUUUAACCUGGGACAAAAAGAAGAACAAACUUCAUUUCUCACGUCAAACUCGGAGGGGAAUAUGACUUUGGAAGAUUAAGACUUUUUUUUUU